AUGAGUUUUAAUGAAACCCAAAAUGUCAACAGCUUAUCAAAACUUACCAAAACUGACUUAUCCAAACGGGAUAUUUUUGGCAGAACCAUCUUACACGUAACAAUAUUAACCAACAGAUAUGACUCAUUAAGAAACCUUUUGAAAAACCCCAGCUUCAAGACUAUUCUCACCCUUACUGACUACGAAAAUGGCUGGAACUGUAUGCACUAUAUUGUGUAUCAUAGCAGGCUAAACUGUCUUAAAGUAUUGUUGGAUUAUUUGAGUCAUGCAACAAUCAAUAACUUGUUUGCCUCAAACUCCCCCCUUAUUGAGCUAUUGAAAUGCAAAGACAGAGGUGGUCUUACCCCAUUGCAACUAUCUAACAAUGAUUUUAAGGAUUUGCUAUGGAUCCCUGAAUACAUCAACGAAAAAAACGAAUACCACUUAUCUUACAGAUUUGAAGAUAACAGAAAGAAAGAAGCGGAAGAAGAAAAAGUCACAGAACAAAAUGAUUCUAGACCUUCAAUAAGAUCUCCUCAGAUCCAUUGGAAUGAAAACAGAGGAGGUUCAGAUAUAUAUGUACUUGGCUGCAAUUCUAACAAUCAGCUUGGUCUUGGUGAUGCUACCGACCGAUCAGUACCAUCUAGACUAUCACACGGAAACUUCAAGCUUCCAUCUGAAAGCAAGUCAGCUAGAAGUGUCUUGUCAAAACCAAGAUAUAAACAAAUGGCUAUAUCCAAGAAUCAUGCUUUGAUCGUGACAUAUGAUGGCCAAGUGUAUUCAUGUGGGAUUGGAUCAAGGGGACAAUUGGGACAUGGAGAAGAUGCCAACAAUUACUACAGGUUCAAAAGAAUUGAAUAUUUUUCAAACAUUGACGAUAUGAAGCAUGUUAAAAGUGUUGCAGUCUCCAAUAACCAUUCUUUGGCAUUGACACAGGGAAAUGAAGUGUAUUCAUGGGGAUUGAAUAGUUUUAAUCAACUUGGCUAUGACACUCCUACAACCAAGAAAUCUUCUAAUGACUUUUUAGAUUCAUUCCGGUCAGUUCCAUCACUAGUCACCGGCGAUUUAAGAAAGAAUAAGAACCAAAUCAAGAAUAUUUGCGUGUCAAAGAUACACUCAGUUGCCUAUACCAAGAAUGAAUUAUUUUUCUGGGGUCUCAAUGUUGGACAAAUGGGAAUUUCAUUUACCAAAGCUGAUAUAGAAGUCAAAGUUCAUGAUGUGUCGUUGCGUGGGGAAAUCCAAUCCAGCCCUAGAAUGGUUACUUUAAGAGAUGAUAUUAAAUUUGUAAGCACAAGCGAACUUUGCACAUGUGUAGUGACCACCCUCAAUGACAUUCAUGUAUAUUACAAUGGCCAACAUUUAAAAUUACCCAAAAUUCCAAUCAAAGGUGCCGGUGAUAAACAUUUUGACUUUUUCAAACCCAAUAUUUUAACACGAGCAGCAGAAAUUACCAAGGUUGUCACUAGAGGACCUCAAUCGUCGAUGAUUUUAUUAAGUAAUGGUAGCGUAUUGGGAUUUUCCAUUAAUCUCGGUGAUAUCAAGAAUACAAGAUAUACUUCAGUAUGGAAUGCGUAUGAUCAUGAUAUGGUAGCUGUUGAUUUUGAUAUGGCAGUUGAUGGCUCGGUUGUUCUUUGUACGAGAAAUGGAUCAGUAUUUCUCAAAUCAAUGCAAUCAGCAAGCGAGAGAAGAAGUUCAAUGAGUGGGACAACAUUACCUUUACCAUUGACCAAGAACAAGUUUAAGAAAAUCGAGAAUGUGAAUAAAGUAGUCAAGGUUAAUUGUGAUCCGAAAUUCUUUUCUUUUGGAUUUAUCAGAGACGAUAUUGAUUUGCUCCCUCUCAAGCUUCAACAGAAUGAUUUUUUCAAGGACAUUGAAUACCUUUCACCGAUGGUUGAUGAAAACCUCUAUAGGAAACAAGAGCAGUUAUUGAAGGUUGAUCAUGAACAAAACACUUAUAUUUCAAGUUUUUUCUACCCUAAACAGAUUGAUAAUGACGUUGACCACGAACCAGCUCAUGAUGAUGAUGAUUAUGAUGAUGAUGAUGACAAAUGUGAGAUCAACGACAAGCUUAAAUUGAGAUACAAUACCAAAUAUAGUUACAAGAACAAGAGCGUUCGUUUGAUGCAAACGUUUGAACGUUAUUCCAGAGAUGAGAUAACUGCUUCAAAUGAAAAAUUCAAGUCAGAUUCUGAUUUUUUGAAAUAUAGGUUUUCCCAGAACAAUAAAGAUAAUGGGAAAUCAUUUAAUUGCUAUGUCACUUUUAAAGAUACAAAUAUUAAGAUAGGUUUCCAUAAAGAGAUAUUUGCCUUGAGAUCAGAAAUUUUUAAGAAGUUAUUGGACCUUAAUGAUGCGAAUGAAACACUUUUGGGUGACCAAUUUAAAGCCAACUAUUUGCCCGAGGAGUCUCUAUUUAUGAUUUCGAGUGAUACCCAAUUACUUUCAGUUUGUUUAUUGAUGCACACAGUUUACACUGGUCAAAAGAUUGAUAUCUGGCAGGAAUACGGCUCGAGAUUUAACUAUCCUGAUCAUAUGAAGAUAGUCUACAAUGAGUAUGAAUCGUUAUGCAAUUUGUUCAGAAUCUCCACUAAUCAUGAUGUCAAACCAAGCUCGUUUGAAGGUCUUCUUGAUAGUGAAUCGGGUGAUGUAAUACUAAAGCUAAAUGAUGGUUCAAUUACGGCUCAUUCAUACAUUUUACAGGCCAGAUCUGCAUUUUUUGAAACGGUAUUAUCUGACAGGUGGGAUAAUGGCCCAGGGAUAAAACAAUUGGAUUUCAGUGGAUUGACAGAAUCUCAAAUGUGGAAUGUUCUUAGACAUAUUUAUGGUGUUAGCAACAUUGAGUUACUUGAUUCAUUAUCAGUGAAGUUCAAUGAAACUGACGAAUUUAUCAACCAGGUGUUGGAAUUGAUUGAAAUAUCUGACGAAUUACUUUUAUUCCAAUUAAAGGCAAUUUGUCAAUCGGCUUUGAGUGAUUUGAUAUGCCUAGAAAAUGUAGUAUUGUUAUUAAUUCAUGCCGAUUACCUAUCAGCAGAUAAACUAUUUAUGAAUUGCUGUUGGUAUAUAUUUAACAAUUUGGAUAUACUCAUGUUUGACUCCGGCUUCCGGGAUAUCCCCUUCGACAUUAGCAAAAAGGUUGAAUUUCAAAUGAAAUUUUUUAGGUCUUGCAAGCUGAUUGAAUUUUCUGACGGCCAAGGAAAUUGGAAAAAUAUUGAGUCCUGGUUUGAACAAUCAAAAACGGCAGUAUCCGAUUUUGUUGGUGAUAUGGAAAGUUUCAAUGAGACGUUUAUGAGUGAUCGAAAGGGAUUCCUAUCAUUUGUUCCGUUGGUGGAUCCAAAAUAUGAACCAAAGAAACCUAAAGAGCCCAUGAAGAAGAAAAAGUCGAGAAAAAGUUCAGCUACAAAUACUGAAAUUCUUGAUUUCAGAAAAGCGGUUCUCGGCAAGGAAAAACCCGAAGAUAGUCCAAUUGUUCUAGAAGAGAAAGACUCCAAUCAAGGAUUUAUUGUGGUCGAGAAGAGAUCAAAGACCAAGUCCAAGAGCGUGAGCAUUCCUGGGAUUUCAAUUUUUAAAGAUUCCACCAAUGUACUUUCCAAUCCUGCUCCAAGAACUGUUUCAAAUACUAGUGAUACAUUGAAAUCUCCAUUGACUAAACCUCCAGGCGAAGUUGCUCCACAAUUUAAUUGGGCAUCUCAAUCAAGCCCAAGCCCCACCCUUUCAGAUAAGUCUAUUCCAGUCAUAUCCAGCACUAAUAAGGCAGUAGAUUCCAAGCCAAAAACGAGUAAAUCUAAGUUGGUUCCAGUUGUUAAACUAUCACAGAAGGAAAGAAAAAGACUUGCAGCCGAAGCAGCAGCUCUGCGUACCGAAGAGAGCACUAGCAAACCUGAAUCAUCCAGCGUAGCUCCUUGGUUUAUAGCUACACAGGAACCUUCAAACCAAUCAUCAAAUGAGAAAGGGCUCCCAAUUUUGGGUUCAUCUAGAAACAAGAAAGUUUCUGCUACCAGAGUUUCAUUUUCCAAGUCAAUUUCUCCAACUCCUGCAGGGUGCACUUCGAAAGCUGAAAAGUCUACAGCAACAUCUGCACCUACAUUUGCCAGUGCGCUUUCGAUGUCUCCUGACUCCUCAUUUAAUAGUGUCUAUUCAACUCCAUCGUUGACAGAAGUGAUGAUUCAUGAAUCACUUAAAUUGGAACAAGACAAGGCUCGCGAGAACGAAAAGAAAUCAUUACUGGAAAUACAGCAAGAACAAGAGUUUGCCAAAUGGUGGGAAGAGGAGUCAAAGAGAGUGCAAAAGGAAAUGGGGUUAGACAAACCUGAAGAGAGACGUAAAUCAAAACUGACACCCAAAGAUAAGAAAACUGCCACAAACAAGAAUAAGCCGUCAUCGCAACGAAAAGAUAAGGGAAAAUCCAGCCCUUCACGAGAAGGAAGCUUUUCUAAAGAUGGUAAAUCAAAACACAAGACUCAUAAAGAUAGAAGUGUUGAACGGGAAGGACAAACAGUAUAUUAA